GCUGGCCGGAUACGGGGGGCAGCGGAAGGCGUCUUCGUAAACGCCGAACCCUAGUUCCUCUCUAACCCUCUUCAUUCUUCUCUAGUUCUUCGAGAUUUUUCUUUCUCCGUUCGGAAAUGAGGGAGUGCAUUUCGAUCCACAUCGGCCAGGCCGGCAUUCAGGUCGGAAAUUCCCUCGAGCAUGGCCUCCAGCCUGAUGGCCAGAUGCCGAGUGACAAGACAGUUGGCGGCGGCGAUGAUGCUUUUAACACCUUCUUCAGCGAGACAGGUUCUGGAAAGCAUGUCCCUCGUGCUGUUUUUGUGGAUCUCGAGCCUACUGUUAUUGAUGAGGUAAGGACUGGCACCUACCGCCAGCUCUUCCACCCCGAGCAGCUUAUCAGUGGCAAGGAAGACGCUGCGAACAACUUUGCUCGUGGCCAUUAUACAAUCGGCAAAGAGAUUGUUGAUCUAUGCCUUGAUCGAAUCAGGAAGCUUGCUGAUAACUGCACUGGUCUUCAAGGCUUUCUGGUUUUCAAUGCUGUAGGUGGAGGGACUGGUUCUGGCCUUGGUUCCCUCCUCCUUGAGAGACUAUCUGUUGAUUAUGGCAAAAAAUCAAAGCUUGGUUUUACCGUUUACCCAUCGCCCCAGGUGUCCACAUCAGUUGUUGAGCCUUACAACAGCGUCCUCUCCACACACUCCCUUCUAGAGCACACUGAUGUUGCCGUCCUCCUAGAUAAUGAAGCAAUAUAUGACAUCUGCAGGCGUUCUCUUGACAUUGAGCGCCCAACAUACACCAACCUUAAUCGCCUGGUUUCCCAGGUGAUUUCAUCCCUCACUGCCUCCCUCAGGUUUGAUGGCGCAUUGAACGUGGAUGUGACUGAGUUCCAAACUAACCUUGUUCCAUACCCACGGAUCCAUUUCAUGCUUUCAUCAUACGCUCCAGUUAUCUCAGCUGAGAAAGCCUAUCACGAGCAACUCUCUGUUGCCGAAAUCACCAACAGUGCCUUUGAGCCAUCCUCCAUGAUGGCCAAGUGUGAUCCUCGCCAUGGCAAGUACAUGGCUUGUUGUCUCAUGUAUCGAGGAGAUGUGGUGCCUAAGGAUGUAAAUGCUGCUGUUGCUACUAUUAAGACCAAGCGCACCAUCCAGUUUGUUGACUGGUGCCCUACUGGCUUUAAGUGUGGCAUUAAUUACCAGCCCCCUACAGUUGUUCCUGGUGGCGAUCUUGCCAAGGUGCAGCGGGCGGUUUGCAUGAUAUCUAACUCCACGAGCGUUGCAGAGGUGUUCUCUCGCAUCGAUCAUAAGUUUGAUCUUAUGUAUUCGAAGCGUGCUUUUGUGCAUUGGUAUGUUGGCGAGGGCAUGGAGGAGGGAGAGUUCUCUGAGGCUCGUGAGGAUCUUGCUGCGCUCGAGAAAGAUUAUGAGGAAGUAGGUGCUGAAUCUACUGAAGGUGACGAGGGUGAUGAGGGUGAUGAUUAUUAAGUUUGUGAAGGUUCAUUUUGUUUCUUUAACUGCUUGUGGUCUGAUUUCCUGGUGGGUGUUUGCUUUAGGUUUUUUAUCGUUUGUUAUUUCUUACAAAGAUGUCUUUUAUCUCUAAUGGUGCUGUUUUUUACAGCAUUGUCUUCCCAACUUCGGUGUUGCGUAUUUCUGCUAUGCUAUGAGCUUUCUUCAUUUCUAGUAAAGAAUGAGCUUUCUGAA